CGCGCGCGCAUGAGCCGAAUCAGUAUCUCAGUGUGGAAUCGACUCGGAGUCGAAUCUCGUUUUUAUAAUGGCAGGAAUCGAAGAGUCGAGUACCAGAGCUUUAUUGACAGGUUCCACCGGUGGAGCACCAACCAAAACAUUAGUGCUGUUCCAGCUGAUUAGGACAGAAGUUGGAGUCGAGUUAUUUUUUAAGAAAGCUGAUUAAACAUGAUGAAGGUGAGAAAAGUGAGUAAAGUGGUUUUAAGCGUGGAGCAGUCGGAAGGAGUCGGAGCAAGGGUUCGUAGGAGCAUCGGGCGAAAAGAACUAAGAAACCUGGAUCCAUUUCUGAUGCUGGAUGAGUUCUGUGUGAGGAAGCCUGCAGGUUUUCCUGAUCAUCCUCACCGUGGCUUUGAGACGGUAACGUACCUUCUAACUGGUGCAUCGGCUCACGAGGAUUUUUGUGGACAUUAUGGUAAACUGGAGGCUGGGGAUUUGCAGUGGAUGACUGCAGGACGUGGUGUGGUUCAUGCAGAGAUGCCUCUAUCAGAAGAGCCAAUGCGGGGCCUUCAGCUUUGGGUGAACCUGCGAAAAGCAGAUAAAAUGGUGGAACCUCAGUACCAGGAACUGAAAAGCAUUCAGGUUCCCAAGCCUAGCAAAGAUGGCGUGACUGUGGCCGUCAUUUCGGGAGAAGCCCUUGGGGUGAAGUCAAAAAUCUACACCAGAACUCCAACGGUUUAUCUUGACUUCCGACUCAGUGAGGGGGCAAAACACGUGCAGCCAAUACCCUUGGGUUGGACCGCUUUUAUCUACACGCUCUCGGGAAUUGUGCAUACUGGGCCGGAAGAAGAUCAGAAGAAAGUGGAACCUCACCACACUGUGGUUUUUGAGGAUGGUGACUGUAUCAGAGUGGAAAAUAAGGCAGUUGAGGAGGCACACUUCGUGUUGAUUGCUGGAGAACCUAUCAAGGAACCAGUGGUGCAGCAUGGCCCAUUCGUCAUGAACUCUGAGGAGGAGAUAGAGCAAACCAUUACGGACUACAGAACAUGCACAAAUGGAUUUGAGAGAGCAAGACACUGGCAAUCAAAAAUACGUGGACCAUUCUAAAUGUUUGUCUAAACAAAUGUGUUGAAUUUUUAUAUGUUACUAGAAAAGCACUUUUAUUAACUUCAAAUAGAAUAUAUAACCUGCAUUUAUUUACUUUAGCGAUUUGCUCUUUUUACAGUGAUGGCUGAUCAUUGUGUUUGUUGAUUGCACUGCUUUCAUGUAAUUGUAACAUCAUAGAUAAUUGCUUUUAGAGUGAAGUUUUGUGUCUGCACAGGGACCAUGAACACAAUUAGCUCCACCUAUAAACCAUUAAAGAGUACUAUAACCACCUCCAA